UUGUAGACCCGCCAUGUCUAAGUCUCAGGAAGCUUCAGGAACGGUCGACACUCAUGAGACUGGCAACUCAUGGAAAGGCACUUUUACUGUCGACGACGUCGAGUACUUGUUCAGCGCCACCAUGAAUCCCAACGUUUCGGCAUUCACAAUCUCCGAUGCGAAAUUGCAUUACAAUGAUACAGAAGACUUGACGGGCAGCAGUGUGGACUAUUACGGCACAGUCGGCAAGGAGCUCAACGUCACAUUAGAAAACGGUGUCACCAUCACUGGGAGCCUUGAAGUGGGUACCGCAGUGUAUCCUGAGACGAAUAUUGUUGGUAGCGGUACUUGGAAUGCUCGCCCGGCGAUCGUGAGUCUUCGUUAGGU